AUGUGCAAGGCCAUGAGCAAAGCAGCGAGCUGGGAGAUGGACGGACUGCGCGGCGACAGCAGCGGCGGCGGCGGCGGCGGAGGCGGCGGCGGAGCCCCCGGGCAGUGCCGUAAUUUUCUCUCCUCGCCCGUUUUCGGGGCGGCGCACACGGGCCGAGCGGCCGCCGCCGCCGCCGCCGCCGCCGCCGCCUCGGGUUUUGCCUACGCCGGCGGAGGGGAGCGCUCGGGGGCGGCUGCGAGGCCCGACGCCCAGACCAAGGACUGCCCGGGCUCAACCACGCCGGCUGCCGCCCCCGCGCUGGGCUAUGGGUAUCACUUUGGCAAUGGAUACUAUAGCUGCAGGAUGUCCCACGGGGUUGGGAUACAGCAAAACGCCCUGAAGUCUCCCCCCCAUGCCUCCAUUGGCGGCUUUCCCGUGGAAAAGUACAUGGACGUCUCCAGCUUGACCAGCACGAGUGUCCCCGCCAAUGAAGUCUCCUCCAGGGCAAAGGAAGUGUCCUUCUACCAGGGCUAUACAACCCCCUACCAGCACGUUCCUGGGUACAUAGACAUGGUCUCAACGUUUGGCUCUGGGGAACCGAGACACGAAACAUACAUAUCAAUGGAGGGCUAUCAGUCUUGGACUCUGGCUAAUGGCUGGAAUAGUCAGGUUUACUGUGCCAAAGAUCAGACACAGAGCUCACACUUCUGGAAAUCGUCCUUUCCAGGGGACGUUGCACUAAACCAGCCCGAUAUGUGUGUCUACCGGCGUGGGAGAAAGAAGCGAGUGCCGUAUACAAAACUGCAGCUUAAAGAACUCGAGAAUGAAUAUGCCAUUAACAAGUUCAUUAACAAGGACAAGAGGCGAAGGAUAUCCGCAGCCACAAACCUGUCUGAGAGACAAGUUACCAUUUGGUUUCAGAACAGGAGGGUGAAGGAUAAGAAAAUAGUCUCCAAACUGAAAGACAACGUAUCCUGAUACAUUAGUUGUGGACAGCGAUGAAAAUAUAAAGUCAAUUUACAACCAGCUGAAGACUUUUGGAAAGACU